AUGGAACAUCUCGACCGCAUUAAUCGCCAUGCGGCCGACUUUGAUCGAUCAAAAUUAACGGACGAUAGCCUCCGUAUCCUUUUACUGUUGCAAUCAUUUUGCUACUCUAAUGAUAACGACGAGUUAAAAAAAAUCGCUCUUCGAGUGAUCGAAGAAAACCAAGAUGCCUCUUUCAAGGACGUCGUCGCAGAACUCGAGGCACACUUAAAUGUUUCUUCUGGCUUAAAAACGCUGGAAAAUCCUACGAAAUAUCUUAUUCAAAAAGUUUCUCUCUCCAAGAAGAAAAACGCCUCAACACGGAAAUUAGAUCCGAACGUUCGUAACAAAUCUCUCGUCGCAAACGCAAAGUGUAACGGUUGUGGCGGUGCGCACGCGCGUAUAAAGUGCACAUUCCGUGACGCGAUCUGCCAUAAGUGCUCGAUUAAGGGGCACAUCGCGAAAGUCUGUCGCUCUAGUGCACAACAAUCGAAUAAUAUAGAACAAUCAAAUAAUAUCGCGAGUGCCGAACAAUCGAAUAGCCAAACUGCCGCUAAAUCCACUAGCGUCAAAAUCUACUCGCUCUCCGCGAUUGGUAAGCGUCGACGGCAAUAUGUGACAGCGUUUGUGCUCGGUAACUCCGUGACUCUCCAAUAUGACACGGGGUCAGAUAUUACUAUUAUGGGUAAGAAAGAUUGGAUCCGAAUCGGUUCUCCAAAACUCAUUUCGAGCGACACCGUCGAACACGCCGGCGGUAAUAAGCUUGACGUUAUUGGUAGAUUUUACUGUACAAUUCAUGCUCUUGACCGCACGGGCAAUAUUUACAUUAACGUCGCAUCGUGUGAUAAUGUAAAUCUUUUCGGGCUUGACGCUAUUGAUAGCCUUAAUUUGUGGUCCGUGCCGUUAGCAAAAUUGCAACAAAGUACACAAAACGUCUGUGUAUCAUCAGUAGCUGAGAAUGUAUCUACCUCGACUACACUUCGCGUACAAUCUACGCUCUCUCCAAGUGCGGUUAAUCGCGAAGACGCGUCAGCUCACGACGCAUAUCUUGACAACGUCCUCCUUCGUUUUCCGAAAAUUUUCGCACAAGAAUUGGGAACGUGCCGUGAUUUCAAAGCUAAAUUCGAUCUUGUAAGUGACGCUCGUUCGGUACAAAGGCAAUGCCACCCGAUACCUUUCGCCAUGGAAGACUUACUCGCGGAGGAACUGUCGCGUCUUGUUUCGAACGGUAUUCUAGAACGCGUAGAAACUUUGAACUGGUCAUCACCGAUCGUAAUCGCGAAAAAAAGAGACGGAAAACUCCGCCUGUGUGUCGAUUUUUCAACAGGAGUUAAUAAUGCGAUUUUGGAUAACAAACACCCGCUGCCUACGGUAGAGAACAUUAUGUCAAAACUGAAUGGCAGUUGUUUUUUUAGUCUACUGGAUCUCAGCGACGCUUUUUUCCAAUUGAAAAUCAACGAAGCUUAUCGAGAGAUUACUACGAUUACAAUACCGAAAGGACUUUUCAGAUUCAAGCGUCUACCUUUCGGAAUCAAAACUGCACCAGCUAUCUUUCAACAGGCUAUGGACCUCACACUCGCCAAUCUUCCGGGAGUGUACGCAUAUUUGGAUGACAUUGUUGUACUAGGCUCUUCUCAACAGGAACACGAUGCUCGCUUGCAUGAUACCCUACAACGCCUGCAAGAUCGUGGAUGGAGAUUCAAAGCCGAGAAAUGCCGUUUUGCCUUGAAAGAAAUUAAAUAUCUAGGUUGGAUCAUAAACGCACACGGCAUCUCAGCCGACCUAGAAGCCACGAGUGCAAUUACUAACAUGCCAAAACCUACCACCGUCUCAGAGGUGCAGAGCUUCUUAGGUAUGGUGAACCACUAUGGGAAAUUUAUCCCUCACCUACACCAGUUAAAACAUUCGCUACAGGAACUUACUCGCAAAAAUUGUCCUUGGACUUGGAAUCAACCUCACGACUUGGCAUUCGAACAAAUCAAGAAAGUUAUGCUAAGCCCUCUUUUACUGGAGCACUAG